AUGCGCUCGUACUCUCUCACCGGCACAACCCUCCCCAACCCCAUCCCAAUCGACAACAACAGAAUGUUCGGCACGACCUCUCGCGAGGAGAUCUACGGCCGCCGUCCGUCCCAGACAGCCAAGUCUCCUCCUGCGCCCCUCCUAGCCUUCCGCGACUUUAGCAAGGAGGCCGCCGAGCGCAGCAAGACCGGCACCUCGCCUAUUGCGACGACUUCCACUCCCACUUCCUUGUCCACCGCGGGAGCGGCGAUAUCGCCGACCCACGACAAGACGGACCGCCUUGCCCACAUCGCAGGAUCUAGGGGCGAGCUGUACGGUCGUCGUCCUAGUCUCGUCGGGCCUGACGGGCGCGUUCCACCCUCUGGCAAGCCUGAGUGGGUCAAGGGUACCGGUGAGAAGGCGCACCCCGUGUUCGAGGAGAACGUGUUCGAGGACGACGACAAGCCCGAGGCCAAGAAGGCAUAG